AUGACGGUCGACGCGAUGCUUCACUCCCUAGUCCGCCGCCGCGCCCUCCCUCCUUCGACCCAACUCCGUCGCCUCUUCUUCUUCACCACCAGCACAUCCGUCUCCUCCUCAGGCGCCACCGCUUCUCCCAAUCCGCACUUCCUGGUCGAGUACCUCGUGGAUACAUGCGGGUUCUCCGCCGACGAUGCUUCCAAGGUCUCAAAGUCGCUCCUCCGUGUUCAGUCUACCGAGAAGCCCGACGCUGUUCUUGGAUUCUUCAGAUCUCGGGGACUUGAUGGCGCUAAUCUCAGAAAGCUAAUAAUUUGGAAACCAGGAUUGCUCGGUUGGGAUGUGGAGAAGAAACUCGUUCCGAAAUUUAAUUUUUUGCGCGACAUGGGGUUCUCUGAGUCCGAUGCCGUCAAUGUCGUUGUGCUGCACCCCGUCAUUCUCUCCCUCAACCUCCAGAACAAGCUUCUCCCCAGAUUGAAGGUUUGGGAAAGUCUUUUUGGAUCGAGGGAGAUCCUCCUCAAGAAUCUCCUGGUUAGUAGAUGGUUUUUGAGCAACAACAUCGAGAAUGUGGUACGCCCUAACUUGAACUUCUUACGGGAUGAAUGUGGUAUCCCCGAAGGGCGGAUUUCUCUUGUCCUUAAAAGCCACCCGAACUUCAUAGUGCAAAACCCAGAUUCCCUCCGGGCUUUGGUAGAUAGAGCUGAGGGGAUCGGAAUUACCCGGGGAUCUGGGGUGUUCCUCCGUCUCCUUGAUGUGUUGAACGAGGUCAGCGGGGAAAAAUUUGAGGCCCAAUUCAAGCUCAUGAACAGUUUUGGUUGGUCGAACUCGGAUUUCAUUACUGCGAUCAAGAAAUUUCCAUACUUUUUAGGCCUUUCCACAGAGUUAUUGCAGAGAAAGAUGGAAUUUUUGGUCAAUGAUGUUGAAAUUUCACCUUCAAACAUUGCUUACUGCCCAAUGCCUUUAGGAUUAAGUUUGGAAAAGACGUUAAUUCCUCGAUUUCGUGUGAUGGAGAUAUUGAAAUCUGAAGGGUUAUGGACUUCAAAAAUGAAGCUACAAACCUUAUUCUCAUUGUCUGGUCCAAGAUUUUUGCGGAGCUUUGUUCUCCCUUACAAAGAUAAACUCCCCAAACUUCUUGAAGUGUUUGUGAGCUGUAGCUGA